AUGUUUAAAAGAAAAAGAGGUGGAGAUGAUAAUAAUAGUAAUAAUGUAGAUGGUUAUAAUAGUAAGGAUGAUAGAGAUACAUCAUCAACAACGAUAUUUACAGAUAAACAAAGUAAAAGAAAUGAAUCAUUUGUACAAUCAGUAGCUAAAAGAAGAGCUGAUAGAAUUGAUCAACAACAACAACAAGAGAAUAAUAACUAUGAUACUACUACAAAACAAAAGAAAUUGAAAUGGGUCAAACCUGGUACUGUACCAACUGAUCAAGAUCGUUGUCAAUUUGUAAAGUAUAAUGAUAAUCAUCAUCAUGGCUUUGGAAAAAGAUGUAAAUCAAAAAAAGAACAACAAUCCUCUUCAUCUUCAUCUUUGUCCCCAUCUUCAUCUUUAUCUUUGAAAUAUUGUAAAUAUCACAAGAAUGUUGACAAUGUUGAAUAUGGAAGAUGUAAAGGAUGCUCCUCAAAAUCAAUGAAACAAUGUAAAAAAUAUGUUUUAAAAAAGGAUGUAUUCUGUAAACAACAUCUUAUACCUUUAUACUCUAAAAUCAUUGAAAAAUUAAAUCAAAAUAAUAAUAAUCAAAAUAAGAUUGAUGAAAUUUAUAAUCAUCCUACUUGGAAUUGGAAUAAUAAUCAAAACAAAGAGGAAAAGGAUAUUUUUAUCGAAUUGGAUCAAGAAUUUGAAUUACCAGUUAAUAAUAAUAAUAAUAAUUUGGAUGGUAAUUCUUCAGAUGAACAACCAUCAUUUCCAAUUGAUUUUUCAAGUACAAAAUUAAAUCAUUUAAAUGAUUUAAGAUUAUCAAGAUUGGAAUCAAGUAAAAGAAAUAAUCUAAAGAUUAUUCCAAAAGAAAAGAAUUCUUCUCAACAGGAUGAAAAUAUCAAUGUUAAUAGUAAAAAGAACAAGAAAAAAAAGAAAAAGAAUAACAAUGAUCCAAACUAUUUUAUUAAAAUUAAAAGAAAAGGAAAUAAUAAUUCUAAAAUCAAAAAACAAAAAGAACAAGAAGAAAUUAAAACUAUAACAAAUACAACAAACAAAUUAAAACAAAAUAUAAAGGAAAAAGAAAAGGAAAAAGAAAAGGAAAAAGAACAAGAAAAAGAAAAAGAAACAAACAAAUUAAAACAAAACAUUGAAAAAGAAAAAGAAAAUAUUACGAAAAUAUCAUUUUCAAUUACUCCUGCAACCAUCACCAACGCCACGAAAACUACAACAACUACAAUACCUAAAAACAAAGAAACCCCAUCCGCCAAACCUAAGGCAACAACAAAACAAACCAAUCCAACAACAACAACAACAACGAUACCAACGAAACCACCCCUAACAACAACAUCAAAAAAACCAAUAUUUUUUGGAAAGGUUACAUCAAUUAUGGAUGAGUUAGGCUGGGAUGAUGACGAAGACGAAUAA